AUGGCCGAGCUUAACGAUAACGAACCCUUCGAUUGGGAUGUUGACCGGGUGGUCAAAGAGCUAUGCACCCCGGAUCGUACAUGGGAUGCGCCUGCUCCGCAUAAGCUACCCGACCCGGAACGCCUUGCAUUUCAGCUGCGGGACCUCGGGAUCGAUGGAGAGACCCUCCUUACGUACGCAGAUGAAUACAGUUGGCCUACGUUCUGGGAAACGCUAGGUAUCAAAAAGCUUGCCCACCAUCUAUCCAUAGGGAAAGCCAUCAAGCACUUCAGGGAGAGAAGUGCAAAAUAUUAUCGACAAAAGAGGGAAAGCGACCUUCCGAGAUGUCCGCCUAGUGCGACUCCGGCCAUCAAGCCGGAUCCUCUGAACCGAUCUGAGCCGACACCUCCUCCCAUUGAUAGGUCUAUCCCAGAGCCGAGCCCCGCCGCGAUCGACGGUCAUGUCUUUGAGCCAAAUCCUGUUGAAGUCGACGGCGCAGUUACGGAGGCGAGCCCUGCUACAACUGGAAAUGCAGUUACGGAGGAAACUCCUGCAGAAGUCGACCGCACGGCUGCGGAGGUGAGUCCUGCUGUGCUCAAUGACGCCACUCCCGAGCCACCUGCUGGGCUGGUCAGUGAUCCCGUUUCCGAGACGGCUCCUAUUGGGACAGAUCCUCCUGCCGUGGCGCCGACGCCGAUGGAAGGUGUCAUAAGCCAGCAUGUCGCCCCCAUAGAGCAAGCGCAGGAUGUUCAGAUGUCCGGUAUUCCUGACCAGCCACCAGAAUCACCAGAGAAGCGCGUUUUGGACAGUGGCGCUCGACAAGAUUCCGAUGAGCCCUCGAGGGACCCAGAGCGCCCUCUUAAAAGGAGGAGGAUUGCUCCUACCAUUGUAUCGGCAGCUGUCCCAGCUCAAGCCAGGACUUUUAUCCCUACAGAAGGUGACAUGUUCUACGACCCUUUGCUCGACAUUCCAUCCUCUCAGACUGGAGAAUCCUUCCGUUCGGUUACCCUUCCAACGAGCACCUUCCCUUCCGAUGCCAACUUCGAUCGGUUUCUGGACGCCGAGGAUUCAAAGUUCAGUUAUCUCGGGUCUUUGGCCCUGCGCUCUGAGGACAUCACAGGCCUCCCGUACAACUCUGAGUUCGAUGAUGAUGAUGAAGAUGGCGACGACAGAAAGGUCAGUGAGGAGUUCAACUGGGUCAGAACUGCUGCGGUGCCACCAGCGCGCGCCCUACAAGUGGCUCGGGUAAUGCGAAAAUUCUUUCGCAAACGUAGCCCAUCUGUGAAUGAGGAAGAGGAGGUCCUCUUGGACUUUGGAGAGGACGAUGACGGCAUGUCGGUAGAUUCAGAAACAUACCGCGAGUAUGAAGAGGAGGAGAAAGAAAGGGCAGCUCGUGAGAGCAGCAAGAAGUCCCACAAGCUCGGCAAAGAUGAGGUCAAGAACGCAGUACAGGGUGCCAUCGAGAGACUGGAAGUCAGUUGGGAGAAAGUCAAGAAGCCUAAACUCGAACGAAGGGCCUGGAAGAUAUGGCAGGAUGCCCGGCGAAACCGUACCCGUGAAAUUCACAUCACCUUCGCCAAAAACCAGCUCAGAAGCCUCGAAGUCCGACUUCGAAAAAUCAAGGAAGAGCUUCUUGGUCAGAAAUGGUUUAAGGAAGACAAGUUCAAGGUCAACGCUGCAGGGUUUUUGGAAGAGAGUGUUUACGACAGGAAAUACCAGACCUGGCUCAUUGAGCUGCUCAAAAACCCUCAUGAGCCACCCAAACCUUCAACGCUUCCCAGGCUGAAGCCAGAGCCCAAGAAAAAAAGAGAGACUCUCGCGAGCGAUGAAGAACUUCUAACGAGUGACUCUGAGGGAGAGGACCAGUUUAUCGAGGAUGAUAUUUCACCAGUGGAUCAUAUGGACAUUGACCCAAAGGACACUAAUCCAUCUACCCGACCUAGUACGCCUGACCCCCUCACGAACCCAACCACAGAAGAGAGGCAAACGAACCAAGCACCCGAAGAGGAAGCAGAUACCCCUGCCCAACUUCCUGCGGUUAAUGACGAGGCGGAGGUGGUAAGCAAGGUUGAACCAACAACUCCUCAGCGCUUAAUUCAUACAAUCCCAGCGGAACCCAUCGAAAUUCUCUCCUCGCCAGCCGACGUGGACCAGCUUGCCAAUCUUCCUCCUCUUGCUGAUGUUGAUACCAUCGGUAAACUUGGAACGGAGUUUUGGGCAAAGCACAGGGACGGUGAACGCCUUGUGCUUGCCGCUCUCUGGAGCUGGUCACCUCUGCGACAGUCAAAGAUCUUUGAUGCCAUCCAAGAUCGCGGAGAUAAAGAGAUCUGGAAAGAGCAUAUUCAGCCGCUCAUUGAUCGAGCUGCCACCGGGAUCUCUAGGAUCGAUGUCGAUCCGGACUCGAUCAGUCUCAUUCUGGCUCUCCUGUUUCUGACAUAUUCUGACUUUAGCGAGGGACGACUGAAGAUUAAAUCGACGACCCUUCGUUGCGUUACCUGCCAAAAGCUCAACCGGGAAUUUUCGCGGUUUGAAGAGUUUUUCAACUUCCUGCAGAAUUGCGUUCGCUAUUUCCGCGGUGAGCCCAAGUCACCCAUUCCCAUGGAGAUGACCUCCUCUGAACCCCCGGAGGCAAACCAAGAUAUCUCUAUGGAUAUCGCAAGCGAUUCCGAGAGUUUGGCUUCAGACUUGGAGGAGCUGACCUCCCAACCUCUCGCAUUUGCGAAGAAAGGCCGACGCACCAAGCACGACGAAAAGGCGAAAAAGCUUCGAGUCGACUCCAAGGCGUUGCUCAAACAAAUGGAAGAACGCCGUAAACUAUUGCGAGCGAAGCUUGCCGAAACUGGAUCACUACCGAGUGACAAGUCACGUCUCAUCAUCAACGAGACUAAAGAAUCCGACGACCUGCCUUUUAUAUAUAUAAAUCAGGAUAUCGGAAAGAAGAUCAAGGAUCAUCAAAUUGACGGCGUCCGCUUCAUGUGGGACCAGAUUGUGGUUGAGUCGAACUCACGCCAGGGAUGCUUGCUUGCCCAUACGAUGGGUUUAGGCAAAACGAUGCAGGUUAUUACUUUGCUGGUUGCCAUUGCUGAGGCGUCCCAAUCUGACGACCCUCGGAUGGUUGCCCAGAUUCCCAAGGACCUUCAGAACGGCCGGGCCUUGAUUCUUUGCCCUUCUGGAUUGGUUGAGAACUGGGCCGACGAGGUCGACAUGUGGGCGCCAGGGGGUAUCUUGGGCGAAAUCUUCACGAUUGUCAGGGACGAAAGAGACACGAGAACUCAGGAGGUGAAAACCCGCGAGCGGAUUCUGACGGUGAAGCAAUGGACGCGGUCUCGAGGCCUCCUGAUUAUCGGCUACGAAAUGUUCAGGACUCUUGUCUCAAAAAACGAAGACAAUGUGGCUGAAUUGUUACACUGUUCUCCGUCGAUUGUGAUCUGCGAUGAGGCUCAUCGGUUCAAGAAUAAGACUUCGAAGCUGUACGCUGCAGUUCAAAAUUUCCAGACCAUGAGCCGUAUUGCUACGACGGGAUCACCUCUGACCAAGAACGUAAUGGAUUACUAUUCCAUGAUCAACUGGGUAGCUCCCAACUACCUGAGUGACGUGGGAGAGUUCAAUCAGAAAUACGCCGAGCCCAUUAGCCUCGGUCUACAUGCCGACUGCAGCGCCUCUGAAAAGAAGCUGUCCAGAGAACGCCUGCAAAUUCUCAAGGCCAUUGUUGCGCCGAAAGUGAACAGGAGAGACAUCCAAGUCCUGGUUGACGAGCUUCCGCAGAAAAGGGAGUUCAUCCUCACUAUCCAGAUGACCAAAGUUCAGCGAGAUGCCUACAAGGAAUAUUUGGAGACUGCGGAACGGAACAAGGGGAAUGAUCUUUAUCGCACUGCCUGCGUUUGGGAGUUUAUCGCCGCUCUGAAGCUGCUCUUAGCACAUCCGAAAAUAUUCAAGAGUAAAGUGCAGGAACGUUUAAACACCAAUCAAGCACCCGCCAAGAGAAAAAAGCGCAUAAUCAACGAUGAAGACCCAGAUAACAAUGAAAGUGAUGAACCACUGGAUUUGUCGCGGGACAUGUUAAGGUCUGUUCUCGCUAAGGUGUCGAUUAGGGGCAUCGAUGACAUUGACCUUUUUAAGAGGCCGGGAAUGAAGAUUCUCCAUAAACGGCUAGAUGGAAGUACACCGGUUGGUAAACGCCAGGCUGCCAUCAAGGAUUUCAACACGGAUAACUCACUCGAUGUCUACUUGAUUUCGACCAAGGCUGGUGGUGUCGGUCUUAACAUUCCUGGGGCCAAUCGCGUAGUGCUCUUUGACUUUGGCUUCACUCCCGCGGAGGAGCAGCAGGCUGUCGGUAGAGCAUAUCGGAUUGGCCAAAAAAAAGAUGUGUUUGUUUAUCAUCUCAAGGUCGGCGGUACCUACGAGACCGCCAUUCACAAUGUGGCUAAGAAGCCAAUCCCUUCAUCAACCAGGGUGAGAGAAUACUUCAUCGCACCCCCUGAGAACUUGCCGCAAAAGGAUCUGUCAACUGUGAAGGGCCUUGAUCCCGAUGUCUUGGACAACAUCCUUGCAUCCGCUGAGUGCAGCAAUGUUAUCCGGGAAAUUCAUUCGACCGAGACUUUCGAAAGGGAGGAGGUGUAUGAGUUCACACCCGAGGAACACCAAGAGCUGAACAAGCAGAUUGAGCUGGAAGAGCUUCGGAUCAACAAUCCCGAGGAGUACAAGCGGCGAAUGUUCCCCAGUCCAGAAACUUCACUCCCAGCUCUUCGACCACACCUUGUACCACUUCACCUCAGAGACAAUCGUAACCCGACAACAAGUAUCCCUCCCUCUACCGCGAACAACAUCCCUGCAAGCACCCAAGCGGGUACGUCAAUCUCAGGAAUAGCUCCAACUGUCGCAGCAAGUCCAGCAUUGGUCUCAUCUCCGAGCCCAGCUAACGGUCAAGCGGCCGCAUUGGGUCCAAUCCUCGGAAUCAAUACUCACUACAAGGUGGCCGCCGAACCUCCCAGAAAGCCCGAUACCCUGAAAGCUCCGGAAAUCAUCCCGAAACCUAGGAGACCGGAGGACACUACUCCGAAACUCCUCGAAGCUCUGGACGAAGUACACAGAGAGCUUCGGGAUGAGGGAUACGACACAUCUAUCCACCCACAAGAUCUGGUAAUGCAGCUCAAUUCGGAGUGUGAUCGCCAGGACAUGGCCCCAGGAACGCUCCCUAGAAUGGACAAACUGCGAAGCCUGUGCAGAUCGGUUACUGAAAGUUCAAGGUUCGGAGAGGCUUUGCUCACAGGGUACCUCACUCCCAACGAGGUAGUUGCUAUGAGCAUGGCUCAGAUGAAGGCCAAAAUUGCCGAAUACCAAGCGUUGACAGAUGACUUGUUUAAACGAGAGAUAUGGGCGCAUCAGAGAGCCAGUCAGUACACCGCCCCGCAUCAAGUGGAAGACGAAGAAGCCAGCAACAUAACUAACAACAAAUAA